UCGGCAUCAUUCAGCAUCAACCACCAAAUCUCCCUUUAAAUCGCUUGUUUGCCCGCUACAGGAUGGCUGGUACAAAGGUCACGUCUGCACCGCCUGGUACAUCCACUGACCGUGACGCGAAGCGCAUACAACCGGUGUGUAACACUCAAUUCCGGCCAAGAUGGGGUCUCUCCACGCUGUUCGAAAGGCGGGUGUGACAUGUUCUGCCUGACGAGCGGGGACCGAGGCGCAAAGCUUCGACUCAACAUCGAACAUGAGGAGACGGUUGUCGAAGUCGAGUUCGAUUUCGACGUCAGUGAUAGCGGCACCAUAGAAGGGGAGCAAAAGGGGAAGACCCUGAGCGGCAGGGUGCAGGAGGCGAGCUGGGAAGACUCGGAGGUGAUGACAGGGACGCUGGACGACGAGUCGAGCCGAGGCCGUACGCUCUACACCGAGUUCGGCAUGAUUGGACGAGGGACGACGGUCAUUCCCGUGGUUGCAGCGCCCGGCACUGAGGCGGAAGAGCUGUUUGGCACGGAGGCCCUCGUUGCAAAAGUCGCCUGGCUGCACGCUGUCCGGAAGCCGGAGGAUGAGAUGAUCAAGGUGGUUCGCAGACGUCUGGCUGAGAGGAAGCCGAACUACUUGAAGCAUAUUGUGGACCUCAAGUGUUCUAUGACGAAGAGCGCAGAAGACAUGCACCUCCCUCGUUGUGCAUUGGGUGUCGAUCCCGGGGCAGAAAACCUCCGAGCCUGCCGCAUUCUGAUCCUCAAAAAGUACGAGCCCUUGGAGACCAUCGGAUCCGCGGAGAACUUCCACGUCGUGUUCUUAGAUGUCGUUCGCGCUCAUCAUUGGGUGUACGAGACGUCAAUGAUCCUGCAUCGCGAUAUCAGCCUCAAUAACAUCAUGUGGUAUCGGCUUGACGGGAGGAUUGUCGGUGUCCUAUGCGACUGGGACCUUGCCGAAGACCAGAGUGCCGGCAAGUACAGGCCUAUUCGUCGUGCUGGUGACGUUACCGCGGUGAUCUGGCCAAUAGUACAAGAAGCUGAAGCCGCGAAGCCGACAACGACGACUCUGCCCUCCGUUCCCGAGGGCCAAGCAACGGAACCGCCUCCGCCUCAGGAAGGCGACAAGCCGUCAGGCGUAACCACAGAGCCACAGGCUGAAGUCAAGCCGAGGUACCGUACGGGCACGGGCCCGUUCAUGGCUAUGGACCUCUUGCGUGAGGGCGACCCGCCCAUCCACAAGUAUCGUCACGACCUAGAAUCGUUCUUCUACAUCUACAUCUGCUUUGCAGUGACGUACGAUCCGGCUACGCAAGCGUUCACCUACAUCCAGGAGUGGCAGCGGGAUUCGCUCGUUGCAAUCGGGGACAGUAAGCGCAAGUUCCUCACCCAGCCUCAGCCUCGAGACGAUGUCAUCAAACGAGCCCAUGCGGACCUACAACCGCUACUAAGCCCUCGGGGCUUCCUGCGUCGACUCCUGCUACAAUUUGCGAGACUCGAAUACAAGAUGAUCGAGAUCGACAUGCUUGUAUACGGAGGCCUAAUGGGAGAGUCUAACGAUCCCGAGAUCGAGGGACGGAAGAAGGAGAGGGAGGAGAUGAUCUCUUACAGCAAGUUCAUGGAAAUUCUAGGGGCACCGGAGGAUGUAUGAAGCACCUAUCCUGACUCUCACUUAGCACGUAGACGUGACACUGUAAUCCGGACAUGGACAUAGUAAUCAAUUAUGG